CAUCCGGGCCUGGUCCCUCGCUGCGCCCGGGAGCCGGCCACCCACUAACCCGCCCCUCCCGAGACCUCCAGCCCCAGCCGCCUUCGCCUCUCUUGCAGCCUCGAGAUCGGCGAGGUCUGCCGGGAGCACCAUGUUCCCCCGCCCUCUGACCCCGCUGGCGGCCCCGAAAGGCGCCGAGAGCCUGGGCCGCACCCCGAGGCGGCCCCCCUCGGGCAGGGCCCGGGUUGGACUCGGCGGGCAGCCCCUGCUGCUGCCGUCCAUGCUGAUGUUCGCCGUGAUCGUGGCCUCCAGCGGGCUGCUGCUCAUGAUCGAACGGGGCAUCCUGUCGGAAAUGAAACCCCUUCCCCUGCACCCUCUCAGCCACAAAGGCGAGGCCUGGCGCGAGACGGCUCCCAAGCCCAGAGGCCUAUCCUUGGAUGCUGGGGACUCGGACCUGCAAGUGCGGGAGGACGUCCGAAACCGGACCCUGAGGGCGGUGUGCGGACAGCCAGGCAUGCCCCGGGACCCCUGGGACUUGCCGGUGGGACAGCGGCGCACCCUGCUGCGCCACAUCCUCGUGAGUGACCGCUACCGCUUCCUCUACUGCUACGUCCCCAAAGUGGCCUGCUCUAACUGGAAGCGCGUGCUCAAGGUGCUGGCGGGCGUCCUGGACAACGUGGACGUUCGCCUCAAGAUGGACCACCGCAGUGACCUGGUGUUCCUGGCGGACCUGCGGCCUGAGGAGAUUCGCUACCGCCUGCAGCAUUACUUCAAGUUCCUGUUUGUGCGAGACCCCUUAGAACGCCUCCUGUCUGCCUACCGCAACAAGUUUGGGGAGAUCCGAGAGUACCAGCAGCGCUACGGGGCGGAAAUUGUCAGGCGCUACAGGCCUGGGGCGGGCCCCAGCCCUGCGGGGGACGAUGUCACCUUCCCGGAGUUCCUCAGAUACCUGGUGGACGAGGACCCCGAGCACAUGAAUGAGCACUGGAUGCCUGUGUACCACCUGUGCCAACCGUGUGCUGUGCGCUACGACUUCGUGGGUUCCUAUGAGAGGCUGGAGGCCGAUGCCAACCAGGUGCUGGAGUGGGUGCGGGCUCCACCCCACGUCCGGUUCCCAGCUCGCCAGGCCUGGUACCGGCCGGCCAGCCCGGAAAGUCUGCAUUACCACCUGUGCAAUGCUCCACGGGCCCUGCUUCAAGAUGUGCUGCCCAAGUAUAUCCUGGACUUCUCCCUCUUUGCUUAUCCGCUGCCCAAUGUCACCAGGGAAGCCUGUCACCAGUGACGGUAGGCCAGCACCUUUUGGAGUUUGGAUUUAAUGCCAGCGGCUUUGAGGCGUCUUUCAGAAACACUCCUGGUGCCAGGGCUUGCUGGUUUGUCUAGAUGUCUCCAUAUCCCAGUGGUAAGGACUGUCCACAGGAGGUCCUUGCCCACAGUAGCUCAGUGGACAGAUCUAGAAAGGAGGCCUGCUGCUCUCACCGGUGGACUCUCGUAGGCCUGUGGCAUCCUUGUCUGGACACCAGUGUGUUAUUAAAGCCAUAUGUUUGAUCGCAAGACUGACCCCAGGCUCCUGGCUGCUCCAGGAUCCAGGGCCUGUUGUAACUUAACCUGUGGCCAAAUCCCAAAGGUGGUACUAGGCAAUGGCAUGACGGUGCCUAGGACCAAUGGCUCUGACCCUCCGCUCACCCUUCCCAUGGACCUCAGGACUGGCGUGAGCUGUUGUGCCUUAGAAAUGAAUUUCGUGCUUUUCUACUCCAGACUUUAAAUUUAGUACUCUUGCUAGGUCCGUUUCUUUUUUCUAGGGAAAGAAAGAGUGAAGUGGGGCCCUUACCUCGCAGCUCUAAGACCCAGGCCCUCAAGCAUCCAAAGACCCCUGUGCCUGACCUCUUCCUGGAGCUCUUGGAGCAAAUUCAAUAAGCCUCCCUUCCCUCCGAACCUUUUGAGACUGUGACUGUGGCUGGUGUAUCUGGCUGUCACUUGUCUAAUGCAUUUAUUUAAAAUGUGUAUUUUGAUAGAAUCCUUGUAAGGGCUGACUUUUAAUAAAGCUUUU